UAAAACAGAAGGCGGAGGAGGGCGCGCAUGCGCGCCGCGGGUGGAGCCACGGGGCAAAGAACCGGAAACUUAGAGACAAAGUUCCGAGCCCCGCCUCCCGCUCCGCCGCUCCGCCGCCCCGCAGUCCCGCCGUUUGGCCCUGCGGACCCACCACCGAUCCACCGACGGAUUGCCGAUCUGCCCAGCUCUCGCGUGCGCCAUGUCUGGUUCCUCCAGCGUCGCCGCUAUGAAGAAAGUGGUUCAACAGCUCCGGCUGGAGGCCGGGCUCAACCGCGUGAAGGUUUCCCAGGCAGCUGCAGAUUUGAAACAAUUCUGUCUGCAGAAUGCUCAACAUGACCCCCUGCUGACUGGAGUAUCUUCAAGUACAAAUCCCUUCAGACCUCAGAAAGUCUGUUCCUUUUUGUAGUAAAAUGAAUCUUUGCAAGGUAAGUUUCCUUAAAUUAAAACAACA